AUGAAAUCAUCGCUUGUACUAUCGUCGCUUUCCAUCGCCGCUAUUACCCAAGUAAUAGCACAGCCAAAAAACAGCACAGGUCUCAUCGCAAAUACCCGUCAAGGCCCUCUAAGCGGUAUUGAAGUACAUAGUAAGGUCAACGCAUUCCUGGGGGUUCCAUACGCUCAACCUCCUCUUGGUUCCCUACGUUUUGAACCACCCCAGCCGCCAUUAAACCGCGCCUCAGAUGGACAUUCCAACGUCUUGAACGCUACCAAGUUUGGACCGGUUUGCCACCAGUUUCACUACAGGACAAUCAUAGGAGACUCUCUUGUUGAAACGUCUGGGCUAUCCGAAGAUUGCCUGACUUUGAAUGUAUUCGUACCCCGGCAUGCCUUUCGCCGCAAGAAUGGACUAUUGCCAGUAUUUGUCUGGUCAUACGGAGGCGCAUUUGGUGAAGGAGGCGCGAGCAUGCCGCUCUUCAACCCGACCCAGUUUGUCGCGGAAAAUAAAGAUGUUAUCGUGGUGACAUGGAACUAUCGACUGAACAUCUUUGGCUUUCCAAACACCCCAGCCUUGGGAGCUCAGAAUCUUGGCUUGAGGGACCAAAGAGCCGCUUUGGAAUGGCUACGCGAUAACAUUGCUGCAUUCGGUGGUGAUGCACACAGAAUCACCCUCGGCGGCCAGUCCGCCGGCGCGGACAGCGGUAGUGCAAUGAUUUACUCACACAUGGACGAUCCCAUUGUUUCUGGACUCAUACUUCAGAGCGGCACUGUUCAAAUCAUUGGGGCGGCCACGCAGAACGUUGACUCUGAGUUUGUGCGAGUUGCCACGUCAGUGGGCUGUGCCAACAGCGCGGACCGGCUGCAGGAACUAGAAUGCAUGAGAACAGUAAACGCCGAGGUACUAAUGCGUGCCAUCUCCAACAAGACGUUGAACGCAUUUGGCGCUCCGUCGGGGGGGACUCCCAUGGCGGACAAUGUCACUCUGUUCACGAUGCGGGAAUAUGUCCAUCGUGGCUCGGCAGGCAAGUUUGCCAAGAUUCCAACUCUAAUGGGACACACCAAGAACGAAGGCGACUCUAUCCUGAACUGGACUGAAAAGUGCGGUGUGAACAAAACUCUUUCUGACUUGGCAACGGCACUCAUUUUUAAUUGCAACAUGGCACUGGAAGCAGGGUUUAGAUAUGUCCAUCGCGUGCCUACAUGGCGGUAUCGGUAUGCUGGCGUUUUCCCUGCUGUGACGCCGUUCCCUUGGGCACGGGCAUACCACCAAUCGGAUGUUCCCAUUCUAAUGGGUACAUACAAUCUGCUUGCACAGAACAAGACUCGGGAGCACCAUGCAGCGACUAUCGGGGCAUCUCGCUAUCUGCAGCAAGUGUUUGGUGCCUUUAUCAGAGACCCGUCUCACGGCCUUGAAAAGAUGUAUCAAUGGCCGACCUUUGUGCCGGGCCUGGCUACCUUGAUUGAUCUGUUUCCCAACAACACGGCUUCUGCUGAGUUCAAGAUCUCGACGCAGGAUGAGAUGUGUAAGGAUGCGCCUCCAUUCCCUUGGAUAGAGGUUCUCAAGGCUCCUCCUCGUUGCUAG